CUGAGCAUGGCUAAUGAGGCACAAGCGAAUGUUGAAAAGCAGAAAAGCAAGGUCUCAAAGUGUGUUCGAUCACGAGCAUCAUCUCCUCCAUGCGCAGCAUGCAAGAAAAUGAGAAAAAAAUGCAGCAGUGACUGCAUCUUUGCACCUUAUUUUGGUUCUAGCCAGGGCUCAACGCUGUUUGCAGCAGUGCACAAGGUGUUUGGUGCAAACAAUCUGUCAAAACUCUUGCUAGAAGUUGAAGAGAUUCAUCGUAAUGAGACCAUAAAUUCCUUGUGCUACGAAGCUCAAACAAGGCUAGCCAACCCUGUUCAUGGUUGUGUCUCCACCAUUUCUGCUUUGCAACGACAGGUGGCAUCAUUGCAAGGAGAGCUUGCUAUGGUUCAAAAUCAAUUGAUUAAUACACAAAAUUUAUAUGAAAGUCUUCUUCAAAGGACAUAUCACCAACAACAACCAAACAUCAAUGUAGUUGUGCAACCUUCUGCAAAUAAUGUUAUGAACAUGAGCUACUUCAACCCAGCUUUUGAUCACCUUUCAAUGCAGACAACACCUUCAACAGUCAACAUGGACCCUCCUCAGUAUUUCUUUCCAUAAGUUUUACUUUGCCUUCCU